CUCCCAGUCCCCUAUCCCGGUCACCUAUCCCAGUCUCCCUGUCUCCUAUCCCAGCUCCCAGUCCCCUAUCCCGGUCACCUAUCCCAGCUCCCAGUCCCCUAUCCUGGUCACCUAUCCCAGCUCCCAGUCACCUAUCCCAGCUCCCAGUCCCCUAUCCCGGUCACCUAUCCCAGUCUCCCUGUCUUCUAUCCCAGCUCCCAGUCCCCUAUCCCAGCUCCCAGUCCCCUAUCCCAGCUCCCAGUCACCUAUCCCAGCUCCCAGUCUCCUAUCCCAGCACCCAGUCCCCUAUCCCAGCUCCCAGUCUCCUAUCCCAUCUCCCAGUCCCCUAUCCCAGCUCCCAGUCACCUAUCCCAGCUCCCUGUCUCCUAUCCCAGACCCAGUCCCCUAUCCCAGUCCCCUAUCCCAGCUCCCAGUCUCCUAUCCCAGUCUCCUAUUCCAGUCUCCUAUCCCAGUCUCCCAGUCUCCUAUCCCAGCUCCCAGUCACCUAUCCCAGCUCCCAGUCCC